GCAGACACUUACCCAUCGCGUUUCGUCCCCAGAAUACCGAUGGAAGCCAAGCCAGAGCUCGCAGAGCUCUAUCGGCGCGCCGUCGCCGACCCCCACUCUAUCUCGCGCGCCGAACGCAACGCCAUUUGGGGCCACCCACCCCCCGAGGAGGAAAACCGGCUGUGCGUCGCCAAGACGGGCCUAACCCGCGCCGGGCUGGUGGCCAAGGCGGCCGCGCCGCCGGACGAGCUCACGCUGUGCGAAGCCAAGAUUAUCUGUCAUCAUCGCGGCGUGAACUUUGAUGACAAAGCCGAAGAGGCCGCGCCGAUCACUGGCAUUGUUGACCGCCUUGAUCGGCUCGAGGUGGCGCUGUUGGAGUACAUCAGGGUUUGCAAGAAGAAGCCCACGCCGCUGGAGAAGCUCUACAACGAGGCACUGGCGCGAUUAUGCGCUUGGCGAGAACACGAAAAGGCGAGGAUCGUAAAGGUCGGCACGCCCUGGAUAAGGAAAAUGCUUGAAGCUGGUCUGCUUGAGGAAGGCGCCGAGUACUGGGGCUUCGUUGUCUUCCGCACCGGAUGCUACCACGGCGAAGAGAACGAGGCCUUGUGGCAGAGGUUCCGCGAUCACUUGCUCAAGGUGGCCGAGACAUCGGUGCUACACUGGUAUAGCGGGCCCGAGCUGUGGCCUUCGCUCCGCAUUGUCUUCGUUGAGGACAAGGAGUUGAAGGGUGCGUCGAAUGAGCAGCUGCGCAUCUGGUUCCGGAAGAUGCGUGACAGAGCCGGAGGCGAGCAGCAUCUACCUAAGGGGAUCAGGACCAAGUGCUUCCUCGUUGCCGAUGAGGCAGUCAUUAGGAGCGAGGCAGCCCAGACGCCAUAUACACCGAGGUGCAAGUACAUGGACGUUCCAGAGUUCGGCGUGGAGAUCCCUAGACGAGGAUCCAGUGGUAUAUAUCCGCGCCGUCGACCCGGAUUACGGAACCAAAGAGGACACUCCGGACAAGGUCCCUGGAACCCCGACCAGCAGCAACAGUUUGUCGGCUGCUCCGGCAUACAUGAUUGCGAUGGCAAAGCAGGUGGAAGAGGAGACGGCCGCUUUCAAAGGCGAGGCGACGGUCGCGCUUCCACGCCGCGGCAUCAAGUAUACCCAAAGGGAUGGUCGAGACGGGUGGCACACAAUCCAUGUGCAAACCAAGAAACCGGAAGCAUGGCCUUUCCCCAUUCCCCCCUGAGGUCCUCCGUACCCCUGGGACGGACGUCCGCUCCUGUUUGA